CGCAGUGACUGUCUCCCUGACUGCUGAUCAACGUCAACGACAAAGGAGGGAAGCAUUAUUUACAGUGGUUUGAGAAGGAGAAAAAGGGCAAAAUGGUCUAUUUGGGGAUAAAGUCUAAAACCCUAAAACUAGAGCCCUCGUAUAAGUAGAGAGAUUGUCUCCGUCAUUUAUCCACACAGUUAGGAGGAGGUCGCGAUUGUGUUACUGGCACUCUCUCUUACACUUCGGCGACCUCUCAGGUCACCUUCGCAAAGUUGCAAACAUGGCAGAUGGAUCCUGGAAUCCAUCCGUAUUUCAGAAGAUAAAUGGGCAGUCCUCACUCAUUUCUAGGAUUUCGCCAAACACGCACACUGCAAAUUAUAGCAUGACUGGUCUAUAUGGCAAUGGUCUCCAAAACCAUUUGCAUCCCGCACUUCGCGGCACCAGUCUCGCAGUUGCGUCACCCCUCUCACCUGUAUUUGUACAAGCGCCAUCUGAGAAAGGUGUUAGUGGUUUUCUGAUUGAUUUCCUCAUGGGAGGAGUCUCAGCUGCUGUCUCCAAGACUGCAGCUGCUCCAAUUGAGCGAGUUAAACUCUUGAUUCAAAAUCAAGAUGAGAUGAUCAAGGCUGGUCGACUAAGUGAACCAUAUAAGGGAAUCACUGAUUGCUUUGGCAGAACCAUGAAAGAUGAGGGUGUACUUUCUCUUUGGAGAGGAAAUACUGCUAACGUUAUCAGAUAUUUCCCCACACAGGCAUUAAACUUUGCAUUCAAAGAUUAUUUCAAGAGGUUAUUUAACUUCAAGAAGGACAAAGAUGGCUAUUGGAAGUGGUUUGCUGGAAACCUGGCUUCUGGUGGAGCUGCUGGUGCUUCAUCUCUUCUAUUUGUUUACUCAUUGGAUUAUGCCCGAACACGUUUGGCCAAUGAUGCAAAGGCUGCUAAAAAGGGUGGUGAGAGGCAGUUCAAUGGUUUAGUUGAUGUAUACAGGAAAACCAUCAAAUCUGAUGGUAUAGCUGGACUCUAUCGUGGUUUCAACAUCUCUUGUGUUGGAAUCAUUGUCUAUCGUGGGCUGUAUUUUGGAAUGUACGACUCUCUCAAGCCUGUGGUUCUGGUUGGUGAUUUACAGGAUAGUUUCUUGGCUAGUUUCUUGCUUGGAUGGGGAAUCACAAUAGGUGCUGGUUUGGCCUCUUACCCAAUUGAUACAGUCCGUAGAAGGAUGAUGAUGACCUCAGGAGAAGCUGUUAAAUACAAGAGCUCUUUGGAUGCAUUUUCUCAGAUCAUGAAGAAUGAAGGGGCUAAAUCUCUCUUCAAGGGAGCUGGUGCAAACAUCCUGCGUGCUGUGGCAGGUGCUGGUGUGCUCGCUGGUUAUGACAAACUUCAGCUUAUUGUCUUUGGCAAGAAAUACGGAUCUGGUGGUGGAGGCUAAUGUGUUUACAGAUGUAGAAAUGAUGAUGAUGAUGAUGAUGAUGAAAGAAUGAUGCUUGUCUAGGUAUUCUCAAAAGUUUGAAUAAUUCUUAAAGAAACAACAGUUGUCCCAAGUAUUUAGGGAGUUAAUUAUAGGAAGUAUAGUUUGUCCAAACGCCUUUCAAUUUUGAGUGCUGUUUACAGAGCUUUUGGCUUAGAUGGUGUUUCUUUUGUUAUCAGUGUUCUCUGUUGGUGAGAAUAAUUAAACAACGUUCCCUUGCAAACUCUUCUUAUUUAGAAAUGCUAUCGUGUUACCAUAAA